UGUUGCGUGGGGCUGUGAAACCGGUACUCGGCGUGAUUGUGGCCAAGGCUCUGCAGCAAUCUGUCAAAGGCAGAGCAAUGGCUCCCUGGCUUGUGUUGGCUCUUGUAGGACUCUGCAGUGCUUUUGGACCCAGCAAACAAGAUGAGGAGGACUACGAGGACGUCCCCAUCAAUAAGACCUGGGUGCUCUCGCCCAAGGUCUACGAGAGCGACGUCACCUUGAUAUUAAAUAAACUCCUCCUAGGCUACGACAACAAACUACGACCAGAUAUUGGAGUGCGACCAACAGUCAUCGAGACGGCGGUGUACGUCAACAGCAUCGGACCGGUCGACCCCAUCAACAUGGAAUACACCAUCGACAUCUUCUUCGCCCAGACGUGGUACGACAGCCGCCUCAAGUUCAACAGCUCCAUGAAGCUGCUGAUGCUCAACAGUAACAUGGUGGGCAAGAUCUGGAUCCCUGACACCUUCUUCCGGAACUCCAGGAAAUCCGACGCCCACUGGAUCACCACUCCGAACCGUCUCCUGAGGCUAUGGAGCAAUGGCAGAGUGAUGUACACGUUGAGGUUGACUAUUAAUGCGGAGUGCUACCUUAAGCUGCAUAACUUUCCAAUGGAUGAGCACUCCUGCCCACUGGAGUUUUCGAGCUAUGGCUACCCAAAGAACGAGAUUAUGUACCGCUGGCAGAGGAGCUCGGUGGAGGUUGCUGACCAGCGCUACUGGAGACUCUACCAGUUUGCCUUCGUAGGGCUGAGGAACACGACUGAGGUGGCACACACUCAGUCAGGGGAAUACGUCAUCAUGACCAUCUUCUUCGACCUGAGUCGGAGGAUGGGAUACUUCACUAUCCAGACGUACAUACCAUGCAGUAUGAUUGUUGUCUUGUCUUGGGUGUCCUUCUGGAUUAACAAAGAUGCAGUACCAGCCCGCACAUCUCUGGGUAUUACCACGGUGCUGACCAUGACGACCCUCAGCACUAUCUCCAGGAAGUCCCUGCCCAAGGUGUCGUAUGUGACGGCCAUGGACCUGUUCGUCUCUGUCUGCUUCAUCUUCACCUUCGCGGCCCUCAUGGAGUACGGCACGCUGCACUACUUCACCAGCAACCGCACCAAGAAGACCAAGGUCAGCAACGCACAGGUACUGAAGACAAAGCACCACAAGUCCACCAGCCUGCUGAACAUCCGGCCAGGGACGUCUCUGCUGCACAUGAACCACAUCCUGCCGUACCACGAGGAGGACGACGACUACAUGUACGAGUGUCUGGACGGUAAAGAUUGCGCCAGCUUUUUCUGCUGCUUUGACGACUGCCGUUCCGGGGCCUGGCGGGAAAACAGAAUGCAUGUGCGGGUUUCCAAGAUCGACUCGUAUUCAAGAGUAUUUUUCCCCACAGCCUUUGGUCUUUUCAACCUGGUGUACUGGGUAGGAUAUCUGUAUCUGUAAAAUAAAAGAACGCAACAAAUAGGAUAAUUGCCAUGGACACCCUUAUAUAAAGUCAUAAUUUCUUUACUCUCUGCUGACGUGCUUCUUCAAAAGAUUUAAGAACAGGAAGAGAGAUGAA